AAAAAAGUUAGGUUAUGUUUUUAUUUUUGUUUUGACUUUAUCUCAUAAUACAAAAAGAAAGUUCGAAUAUUUAAAUGUAAAACAAAUUUGAAUAUGUCAAAGAAAGGAGUGAGCGCCGAAGAAAAGCGAAAUCGCAUGCUGCAACUAUUUUACGAAAAAGGUGAAUGUUUUCAACUAAAAGAAUUGGAAAAACUAGCACCCAAAGCUAAAGGUAUAGUAGCCAAUUCCGUUAAAGACGUCGUACAACAAUUGGUGGAAGAUGGACUAGUUGACACAGAUAAAAUAGGCACGUCGGUCUAUUUUUGGGCAUUUCCAAGUAAGGGUGUAACUGCCCGAAAAAAACAGCUAGAAGAUCUGAAGCAAAAGUAUGAAGAAAUCACUAAGAAACUCAAAGUGGUUGAUGAAACCCUAGAAGCGUCCAAAGGAGCAGAAGAUGAUGAAGAAAAGUGCAAACAGGUGUUGGAGGAAAUUAAUGAUAAAGAAUUAGAGCUUAGAAGUUUACAAAAAGAUUUGAAGGAUCAUGAAGAAAAUGACCCUGAAAAGUUUGAAGAGAUUGUCAAGAAAACAACUGAACUAAAGAAUGCUGCUGAAAGGUGGACUGAUAAUAUAUUUGCAAUUAAAUCGUGGUGCAAAAAGAAGUUUAUGCUGGAGGACAGUGUAUUAAAUAAACAAUUUGGACUUCCUGAAGAUUUUGAUUAUGUUGAAUAAGAAAUGUAUAUAAGAAACUUUUAUAUUUUUGUAGAUAAAGAAACUAUCCAGGAACGUUUAUAUUUUUAUAAAUUAAAUAAUUGAAGUACA